AUGGACCGGCCUAUAAUUCGCCUGGUCCACUACCGCAGAACGGUCUUCUGCUUCUCCGUCCCGGACGUUUGCCCUUGCUGCGGAGAGGCGCUGAAAGGGGCGCGGCUUACAGAUGCACCUGUGAGUCUGCCCCGCCCCCUGAGCCAUGCCCACAAGACCAGCUGCAGUCUGGUGAUCGCCCCAGCAGAGAGCAACCCAGAGAGGGAGUUCGAUGGAACAGCAGAUCUCCACACUGGGAUCUCCAACACCAGAGGUGUGGUUUAUAACUACACAGAAGGGGGCGUGGUCAGGGAUGCCGCGGGGUGGGAGGAGUCAGUGGUUGUACCGCUCGUUCGUCCCGACAUGUUUCACCUAAUCCACCGAUGGGACGAGUAUUUAGAGAGAUUCAGCCAUGGGGCGCAAUGGGAUCCUCUGUGGACCAGAUUUGACCCUGACGACCACAACUGCUUCUCCUUCUGCCUUGACUUCAUAAACGUGGUGCUAGACGUGUUGGGUCAGACACCACAGAAUCGGGAGUCCUUCACCCAGAACUACAUUCUUCCGCGAAUGAAGCGGCUGUGGAAGUACAGCGCCAUCUAUAGGAGAGUGGAGCGUGAGGGGUGCUACGCAGUGGACCCAGACCUGGACCAGGACUAA